AUGGCUGCUCAGCAAAAUUCGCAGCCCAAUAUCGAUCGCUACGUGGUUAUCCACGUUGCAACCACCUGUGACGAACACGGGGUCUACGUGACCAAGGACUCGGCCGAGGUCAUCGAGAUUGGGUGGAUCCUGCUGGACGCGAAGUCUCUGGACGAGAUCCACCGCGAGAGCGUUCUUGUCAAGCCCAUCAACACUCCCAUCACUCCUCUCUGCAGUAAGAACCCCCCCUAUACCUGUCAAUCCCCACGCGGGAGAUGCAAGAAAGAGCCCCUGGGCAACUCUCGGCCCUUGGGCUCCUCACUAACAAUCGCGCCCCCUCCAGCGAGCUUGACGACCCUGACCUGGGAACAUGUACGAAAUGCCGGCACCUUCCGUGAUGCCAUCAACCGCUUCGAUGCCUUCGCCUCCGAGCACCUCACCUCGCAGAACCUCGACUUCGUCUUCGUCACCCUCGAGGCCUGGGACCUGCGUGUCCAGCUCCCACGGGAAGCCCGCGACAAGUCUGUAGUCCUUCCGCCGUACCUCCAGCACUCGCGGACCUUCGACCUCCGCACCGAGUAUCAGCGCUGGCAGCAACACCACCCCGAAUCCCUUCCUUUCGGACCUUCCUCCCUGGCCAAUAUUUGCGCCGCGCUCGAGGUUGAAGCCGUGCAGUCCAGCGCCCCCAUCAAGCACAACCUUCCCUUCCACCUGCAAGCCCUCGCUCCGGCGUCUCCUCGCCGUGCGAUGGAGGAGGCUGUCACUCUUGCCCGAGUGCUCCGCGGCCUCAUCCGCAAGUCCCAGCCUCCACACGAGCACCCCGACGUUCUCACCCGACCCAUGGAUGCUCGCGCUGAUGUCCGCGCCUUCCUCUCCGAGCGCAGCAAGGUUCUGCAUAUGUCUGGCCUUCCGCACGACACCACACAGUCCGAGCUCGAAAGUUGGUUCACCCAAUUCGGCGGCCGGCCUAUCGCCUUUUGGACACUUCGUACGCCCGAGCAACACAAACCGACCGGUACUGGGUUUGCCGUCUUCUCUUCCCACGAAGAGGCUGCCGAAAGCCUUUGCAUGAACGGCCGCGCUCUGAACGAGAAGGCCAUCGAGGUCUCCCCAUCAUCUAGCCGCGUUCUCGACCGGGCAGCAGAGAUCCUGACACCGUUCCCGCCGAGCAAGAAUCGUCCCCGACCGGGUGACUGGACCUGCCCUUCGUGCGGUUUCUCCAACUUCCAGCGGCGUACCGCUUGUUUCCGGUGUUCCUUCCCCGCCGUCAGUGCUAAUGCCGCUGGCGAGAUGGGUGGUUAUGGAUAUGGCUACGGCCCACCGACCAUGAUGCCACCGCCUCAGCAUGGCGGCCACCACGGGCACAUGGGACAUGGCGGUCGCAUGGGCGGAAGUGGCGUGGUGCCCUUCCGAGCCGGCGACUGGAAGUGCGGCAACGAGGUGUGCGGAUACCACAACUUUGCCAAGAACGUGUGCUGUCUCCGAUGCGGUGCCAGUCGCGCUGGUGCCGCUGUUGUGGCUGACUCGGGCUAUCCCUCGCCCAUGGAUCCUCCAGCUGCUUACAACAUGAACCAAGGUUCUAUGGCUGGUACACCUGGUCCCGGGCCUGGUCCUUUCGCCUCCGCCGGUGGUCCGUUUGCCUCUGGAGGAGGCUACGGUCAGCAGUUCGGCGCCCCCCCCAGCACCUACGCUCUGCCCUCAGGUCUUGCCGGUGGCGCUGCGCCCUAUCCGUCGCUGAACACGCAUUUUGGGCCGGCACCGGGUUCCCACUCCGCUGGCCCUUUUGACAGCCGUGCCGCCGAAGCCGCAUUCCAAUCGGCUACUAACGGGCCUGCUUCUGCUGGCCCGUCCAACAACUUCUACUCGCAGAAUGAAAAUGACCCAUUCGCCUUCCUGUCAUCCGGGAUUGGAAGUCUCUCUGUCAGCAGCGGUGACGCUCGACAGAACGGCGGGGCCGCGCCUCCUAGCAAGUCGCCGGCCUAA